CGUUACUUAAGUUUCCUCUUCCGUUCCCUCUUCUUGUCUCUCUCAACUUAUUCUUUAAAACUAUAACAAUCAAUCAAGUAUUCACUUCUGCAAUCACUGUCGUGCUCGCCUCCCGUGAUACUUUCCAACAGGUAUCACAACGAAAUGACGGAAGCAAAUCGCAGCGAAGGAAUCAUAUCAACGAAUCAUACAUCGCAAUUAACGAACCACAACGAAGCCAAGCUGGGCAGUACGAGUACCGCAUGAAUCACCUUCAAGAUCUAGAGGUCAUUCACUCGGGCGCGAAAGUACUCGAAAUAUGUGGCUGCCGUUGCCAUACUCCGAUUUUUUAUUUUUUCCAGCACUCAAUCUGUGCCUCAAUAUUAAGAAUGGCCUCAGCCUGGACAUAGCUUUUGGCUGUGUUACAACAACCCACGAGGUGGCUAUAACUAUUGCUGUCGUUGAUUAUCAAUUUAAAAAAUGUCAUUUUGUUGUGUUCGGCCAUAGAACGAUGAAAAUUUCGCAUCCCGUCCGCUCUGCGGUAAACAAGCAUCGUAUCGUCCGGUUAGUACUACAGUGGGUGACCAUGUGGGAAUCCCGGAUGCUGAACUCUUUUGCCUCCAUGGUUUUUUUGUUUUAUCUACAUAGGCAAUAAUAAUGGGUACCAAUUACCGCAGCGUCCAGGCGCAGAGUGCUAAUGCCUGGAGAUAUGAAAC